AUGGGAUAUUUGCAGGGUGUAAGACAGAAUUAUGUGAGUUCGCAGUUUGAUAAAACAAAUGAAAAUUUUUGCACCUAUUAUAAGAGCCAAAAGAUUGUGGAGAACGACGAGGAAUGGGAUGCAUUUAUGGCCGCACUGAAAAGCGAUCUGCCAACCUCAUUUCGCAUCCAGGGAAGCAGCAAGGAAGUCGAAUUACUAACUGAACUAAUGAACAAGCGUUACCUGGAACCGCUAGCGCAGUCGGAAGAAGACAGCGAUGUAAUUGCACCAAAACCCAUUCCAUGGUGCCGUAACACCUUUCAGACUCCGCUGUCGCGAACUGAAAUACGCAGUCGGCCAGCCCUCAAAGAAUUUCAUAAUUUUCUGGUCACUGAAGCUGAGCUGGGCAACAUCAGCCGGCAGGAAGCAGUCAGCAUGAUCCCACCACUUCUACUGGACAUUAAGCCCGAUCAUAAAGUUCUCGAUGUUUGUGCAGCUCCUGGAAGUAAAACAGUGCAAAUUAUUGAAAUGAUGCAUGCGCACGAUAAAAUACCCGAGGGAUUUAUCGUUGCAAAUGACGCCGAUAACUCACGUUGUUAUUUAUUGGUACGGCAAGCGCUAAAAAGAAUGCCAACAUCGAAUUGUAUCGUUAUCAACGAAGAUGCUGUGUUUAUGCCCAAUUUAACCGAUGCAUCUGGGCAAUUGCUGUUUGACCGGGUACUCUGCGAUGUGAUGUGCAGCGGAGAUGGGACAUUUCGUAAAAGCCCAGAUAUGUGGCAAUUCUGGAAUCCCGGCAAGGGCUUAGGCUUACACAAGCUGCAAGUUAAUAUUGCGCAGCGAGCGGUGCAAUUACUCGCCGUAAAUGGUACUUUUUGA